UUUCUCUCACUCCGCUCCAGCGUUUCGGUUCUCGACACCUGAGAAACGAAAGUGGCGAAAGGAUUUAUUAGGGAGCUCUUCUUGGAAGAGUCAUGAACAAGUCCAAGUCCAAGAGACCCAAGCACGACGCGGCGCCGCCGCCGCCAACGCCGCCGGACCACCUCCCUCCGCCGCAGCGCCGCCUCACCCACGAGCAAGAGCUCUCCGUCAUGGUCGCCGCUCUGACCGACGUCAUGUCCGGGGCUUCAUCGGCCCGCGGCGGUGGCGGCGGCGACAAUCACGCUCCGGGCGGCUACGUCACGUGUCGCGAGUGCGAGAUCGAGGGCUGCCUCGGGUGCAACUAUUUCCCGCCGGCACUCGAGCACGGGGCCUCCUCAGAAACGGAUGCGAGUUCCAUGCACGGGCCGUCCGCGUCGAACGCGACAGGCGAGUCGCGCGAUGCACCGGGAGCAGCUACUGGUAUUCGUCAAAAGAAAGGAGGGAGGAAGAGUAGCUACCGGGGCGUGCGGCAACGGCCGUGGGGGAAAUGGGCGGCGGAGAUCCGGGACCCGCGGCGCGGGGCUCGGGUUUGGCUCGGGACCUUCGACACCGCGGAGGAGGCGGCCCGGUCGUACGACAGGGCGGCCGUCGAGUUCCGGGGGCCGCGGGCGAAGCUCAACUUCCCGUUCGUCGACCACAGCCUGCGGGAGAGCGCGGCCUCCCCAUCGGAGGGGCGGGAGAUCAGUCCGAACGGGAGCGAGCAGCAAUGUCCAGAGACGGCCACGGCCACGGCACCGGAAGACCAGGGGCGCGAGCUCUGGGAAGUGUUCGGCGACGACGAAAUGCAGCAGUGGCUGACGACCGUGGAUUUCGGAGGCGACAACUCGUCGGAUUCGUCGAACGGACAUGGCCGCAGUUCUUGAAGCUCUCGGGCUUCCAUCUGUUACUGUUCAUCGUUCCCACGUAGCUACUGUUUUACUGUUCA